GAGGAUGACGUUCAUUAAGUAUGAGAUAAAUUUCAAUGAGGAGGAGCUGAAAGGCAAGACAUUGGUAUUGCCAACGAUUAGUAUGGCUAAUGUACCACAAUUGGCUACUGAAUUACUGCUCAAUAAUCACAGCAAUGAACUCGUUGGGAGAUUCAACAACGAGGGGUUCAUUCAGGUAGCUGGAGCGUCUACCGAUGGGCUAGUCACACCAUUAGAACUGCACAGAUUAAAGGAGUAUAAUGAUAUUUACGUCGUUGAUCAGCGAUCUCCGAUAUUGAAAAGCUACAAGUAUACCUUCGUAGAAGAGCUCAAGAAAUGGGCAGAUGGUCUCAAUUUGAGCGUGAUCAUCUUGUCUUCUGCAGACUCAGCAUCGAGAAAUGAUAACGAUAUCGUGUCCAGCCAACUCAAACAGAUAUCCUCCAAGGAUAGCAGAUAUGCCGAUAAGAUUUCGGCAUUUGAAUCACUAGACUUGGACACUCUCAACGGUACUGGUCUUCUCAAGUCUUACUAUGGCAGUCUCAAAAAUGUGGCUGGACUCUGUUUGUUUACUACAGAGGGUGACAAUCGUCCAGAUGCCCAUCUAUUAGUGAAAGCUCUAUCAAAUGUCUUAGGAUUCAAGCCGAUAGAAUUGAAAGAUCCACUUCAUUGGGAAGGCCUAUUUGGGAGAUUGUACGACGAUAAAUUAUUUGGAUAGCAUUUUCUUGUCUUCUCUCUUGAAGUUAUACCAC